AUGUGCUUCUUCGACCAAGUUAUGUGGACAUGCGGUGACUGGAAGUGGGAUCGCUUCCGCCAGCACUGCAACCGCGAAUACCGUACCGGAGAGACCUGCGGUAUGAAGCUUGUCUACGCUGUCGCCAGAAGUAACGACAAGUGUAAAAUUUGCCAGAAGAUUGACACCAAGCUUCGUCGUCGUGCUGCAGAAGUAACCAAGAUCCAACGGUGGCAGUCCGAGGGCAGUAAGCUCAAAGCAUCAAUCGAACGAUCGUACGAAAUUAUCAAAGACCUCGACCAGGAGAUUUACCAGCUACAGAUUGAGAAGCAGCGAAAGACUCAAGCGAUUGGAAAAGCCCGUUGAAGAACAGGUCCAGUGUUUUUGUCUGGUGCAAGCUGUUAGCCUUCUCUUGCAAGGGCUACAACAUCAUCGUCAGUUGCCAAGUACGGCUUAAGGGAAGUUGCUGAGGGUUUCAAGUGUCCUGAGGACCAUCUGCUUUAUUUGCACUUUCGGCUCAUUUUGUUUUCCUUUCUCCUCUUGCCUUGUUUCAUUAGUUCUCGUUUCG